AUUGAAAAUAAAAUAAUCUGGCAACUCGACAGCUCCGCGUGAAACUGGUGGAGCAUAAAUAUAAAUAAAUAACCUCAGCAGUACUCAACUCGACCAAAUCUAAACUGCUUAAACCUUUUCUAAUCCCUUAAGUGUAACCAGAAUGCCUAUCUUAGCAGAGCUCGCUGGAGAUGAAAGUACCGGAGAAAGCUCUCGGACAUUUGUUUUCGAAGACGAAGGCCACACGUUGGGCAACGUUCUCAAAAGUAUCAUUUGUAAAUAUCCUGAUGUGAAUUUUUGUGGAUAUACAGUGCCCCACCCGGCAGAGAAUAAAAUGCAUUUUCGCAUUCAAGCUGCGAAGAAUGUUCGUGCGAUAGACGUACUAAGGCGCGGUUUGGAAGACCUGGAACGAAUUUGCGAUCAUACUAUUGACACGUUCGAGGCUGCGGUAGCGAUACAUCAGGAGAACUACAGCUAAACUUCCGUUCGCAGUCACUGAAUGGAAACGAGUUAAGGACCUGUUUAGUAUAAGGAUUGUAAGCUAUUCAACCAUAAAUAUAUAUUUUUUCAAUUGAGAAA